AUGGUCGCCCUCCUCCGCUCCCUCCGCGCUGCCCGCCCCCUCAUUGCCGCCCGCCCCGCCCAGGCUGUCGUCCCCCGCGCCUUCUCGGCCUCGGCCCUCCGCGCCGGCGCCGGCGGCCCUCCCCAGCUUCUCGGUGAAGGCGUCCAGGCUGGCCAGAUCCCCACAGACGAGCAGCAGGCUACCGGUAUCGAGCGCUUCGAGCUCCUCGGUAAGGUCGAGGGCGUCGACGUCUUCGACAUGACCCCCCUCGAGGCCGACCGUAUUGGCACCCUCGACAAGCCCAUUGAGGUCUUCUCCUACUUCCCCGAGCGCCACGUUGGCUGCACCGGCUUCCCCGCCGACUCGCACGACACCAUCUGGCUCCACCUCAACACCAGCCUCAAGAACCACCGCUGCCCCGAGUGCGGUUCGGUCUACAACCUCAAGUACGAGGCUCACGACUCGCUUGCCCACCACCACUAG